AUGUCAGACCCUAAUUACAUUCUCUACACGUACUUCAGAUCAUCAUGCUCAGCCCGCCUUCGCAUUGCACUUAACGUCAAGGGGAUCCAAUAUGAUCUGACACCCGUCAACCUUUUGAAGAAUGAGCAUAGCUCAAAUGAACACAAAGCCCUCAACCCUUCGGGAUCCGUCCCAGUUCUCAUCCCUCCCACCUCAGGUUCAAAGCCGUUCCGAAUCGGUCAGUCCGUUGCAGCUCUAGAGUAUCUUGAAGAAAAGCACCCUGAACAUCCUCUUCUCCCUUCGCUCUCGAAUCUGGAAGGACGGGCAAAUGUGCGCACUCUCGUCAACAUCAUUUGCGCUGAUGUUCAACCGGUUACCAACCUUCGCAUUAUGCGCCGCGUGAGAGCACUUGGCGGAAAUGCAGAAGAGUGGAAUUGUCAGCUCAUGACUGACGGUUUAAGCGCUUACGAGGAAGUGGCCAAGGAUACUGCUGGGAAAUUCUCUGUUGGUGACGAGCUUACAAUGGCUGAUGCUUGUUUCAUGCCUGCUUGGUGGAACGCAGAGAGAUUUGGUGUUGAUCUGUCGGCGUUUCCAACUCUACAAAGAAUUGCGGAGAAUUUGAAGGAUCAUCCUGCUGUGGUAAAGGCUCAUUGGCAGAACCAGCCUGAUACACCAGAUAACCUCAAAGCUUAG